AAUAAAUAAAAAAAGAUUUCAUAAAUGAAAAAAAGAAAAAAUAAAAAAAUAAAGCCGAUAGAAGUGGAAUCUAUUGGAUAAAUGGAUACACGCUCACUCCCCAUGCCUGUGUCUCCAUAAACAGAGUACACACAUACAUCAACCGAGAGAGAGUGAGUGAGAGAGAGAGAGAGUGAGAGUGAGAUUUGGGAAGAAGAUGGCUCAGAGCUCCAAAAGAAGCAAAUGGGUCUCACUGUGCGUGCCUCUCUUUGCUUAUUUUGCUUCUACAAUCAUCGCAGAAGAUGACCGGAACACAAAAUUCUUUCAUGGGGUAGCCACUCAAAGAAAAAGGAGGAAUUUUAUUAAAGAUUUGGAGCGUGUAUUGGCUGGUGUGCAGCCCGUGGUUAGUACCUCUAUGAAUGAAGCUUUGACUUGUCCAUAUAGUAGAGAGGAGGUGGAGAUGGCUAUAAAACAUAUGGCUCCUUUAAAAGCCCCGGGUCCUGAUGGGAUGCCCCCUCUAUUUUUUCAAUCCUUUUGGCCUGACAUUGGUAUGGAAGUUUCAGAUGCUGUCCUCUCUUGUCUCAAUUCAGUGUUCUGGGAGGACAGGUUUUAUGGCGUUAAAGCUUGAUAUGAGCAAAGCUUAUGAUAGAGUGGAGUGGGUCUUUUUGGAGAAAAUUUUAUUGAAGAUGGGUUUUCAAGAAAGUUGGGUGGCCAUGAUCAUGCAAUGUAUCACAACGGUAUCUUACUUAAUUCUGGUGAAUGGCGAACCUACAGGUCAUAUUUAUCCUUCACGAGGGUUGAGACAGGGUGAUCCUUUGUCACCAUUCCUAUUUCUAUUUUGUGCAGAAGGCUUGAAUGCCCUUCUCAGUCAAGCUGCAAAUUCUGGGGAGAUAAGAGGUUACUCUAUUUGUAGAGCGGGUCCAAAAAUUACUCAUUUGUUUUUUGCCGAUGAUUGCUUGUUAUUCUGUAGAGCUACUCCUGAAGAAUGUGCUAAAAUCCAGUCUAUCCUUGCAUGGUAUGGGGCUGCUUCGGGUCAGCAGGUGAAUUCGGAUAAGACUACAGCUUUCUUUAGUCGAAACACUUCUGCGGAGGUUCAGGAAGAAUUAAAAGUUUUGCUAGGGGUGCCGGUUAUUCAAAACUAUGAGAAGUAUUUGGGGCUUCCCUCUUUUGUGGGUCGAGAGAAGAAAGCGUGUUUCAAUCACAUCAAGGAACGGAUCUGGGCUAAAAUGCAAGGGUGGAAGGAAAAAUUGUUGUCUCAGGCCGACAAGGAAAUAAUGAUCAAAGCGGUGGUUCAAUCAAUCCCAACGUACUCUAUGAAUGUCUUUCGGCUUCCUAUUGGUCUCCUUAAAGAUAUAGAAGCUAUGAUUCGUAAGUUUUGGUGGGGGUGUUCUGAGAAUUCCAGAAAGAUCCACUGGGUUAAAUGGGAGACUCUUUGUUCUUCAAAGUCAAUUGGAGGCAUGGGGUUUCGCGACUUACAUAUGUUUAAUGAUGCCAUGUUGGGGAAGCAAGUUUGGCGUUUAUUUCAUGAUAGGACCUCGUUGGUUUAUAAGGUGUUUCGGGCAAAGUACUUUCCUUCCGGUAACAUUUUUGAUGCGGUAGCCUCUCCGGUUUGCUCCUUUGCUUGGCAAAGUAUUAUACAAGCCAGGGAAGGUGUUUUGAGGGGUGCUCGAUGGAGGGUGGGGGAUGGGCGAGAUAUUAAAAUCUGGAGUGAUCAUUGGCUGCCUUUUGAAGGUGGGGGAAGGAUUUUAUCUCCACAAAGGGACCUUUCUCUGAAUAUGGUUCAGGAUUUGCUGCUGCCUGGUUCAAAUCUCUGGAAUGAGGAGCUUCUUGAUUUGAACUUCUAUCCGUGGGAAGCUGAAGCCAUCAAAAACAUCCACGUUAGCAACCAUGAGGCAGCUGAUGCUCUGAUAUGGCCUCACACGGAUGAUGGUGUGUACUCUGUUCGGAGCGCGUAUCGCUUAUUGGUAGCAUUUCAGCAUCAGAAUCAACCCAGCUCGUCGGAUGUGGAGUCCGGAAAGGGGUUAUGGAAUGGAAUUUGGAAGUUGAAGGUCCCUAACAAAGUGAAACACCUUCUGUGGCGCGCGAUUCGUGAGGCAUUACCAACGAAAUGUAAUCUGCAAAGGCGUCAGGUAUUAAGGUCUGGUAUUUGUGAUGCUUGUGGCGACUAUGGUGAAGACGUGAUUCAUGCUUUGUGGCUCUGUGAUGCGGUGAAACCCAUUUGGAUGUCAGAUGCUCGGUUCUCUUUUCUUCGUGCUCAUCAUUUUUCUAACUUUGGUGAUCUGUUUCAGUUUUUAUGUGCGCAAGGUUCCUCUAAUCUGGUUGCUCUGUUCGCUAUGGCUGCUUGGGGUAUCUGGGAGAGGCGAAACAGGGUGAGGGAGGGGCAGAGAACUUGGGGUUCAAAUUUGGUCAUGCACCGAGCUUCAGAGCUUCUGCAGGAGUUUCGGGAUGUUCAACCGAUGAAUCCACGGAUGGCUAUCCGGAGUAUGGAUUUGCGUUGGAAGCCCCCUGAUUCAGGUGUGUACAAAUUAAAUUUUGAUGGUGCUUUAUUCCUGGAACAGAGGUGCGCUGGCUUAGGGGUGGUUGUGAGGGACUCGGCUGGGCUUGUUAUGGCUGCAUUAAGUCAGAGAGUGCGGAUCCCAGGUUCGGCCAAUGUGGUGGAGGCUUUGGCAGCUCGAAGAGCCGUCUGCUUUGCUCAGGAACUCAGCCUUCACAAUGUGGUGUUUGAAGGUGAUUCUCUGAAAGUUAUUGAAGCCAUUAACGACAAUAGGCCAGUGCAGACUUUGUAUGGACAUAUUAUUGAUGAGAUAAGGCUGUUAUCUUCUUCUUUUAUGUGUAAUUUUAUGCAUGUUAAUCGGAGGAGCAAUAAGCUAGCUCAUGCUCUUGCUAGACGAGCAGUUUUAUCUGCUGAUAUCGAUGUGUGGAUAGAAGAACUUCCACGGGACUUGGAGAAUGUUGUUUAGUUUGUUUUUCCAGUAAUAAAGUUUCUUUUACCUUUUCCUCAAAAAAAAAAAAGUUCCUUUACUUAAACAUUCCUAAAAUAAUUUUUGCAAAUGACAAAGAAGCAUAUCUGCACCCAAACAAUCUCAAUUCAUCUCCAAGAAUUUUUGUCGUGGAUUGAAUAGAGACUCACACAUAGCAAUACUUGCAUAUGUUAUGAUUUCAUGUAAUAAUUCUUACAGGUGAGCUAUUAAAAACGGUCCAACAAUUUUUGGUCCCUCCCAAAAACACUAUUAGUUAUGUCAUUAAGGAAAAAUAAGUUUAUGAGACCAUCUUAUGAAGCAUAUAUUGUUGUUUGGGAUCCAUUCUCCACGAAAAUGUGAUAGAUGCGUUUAAUAAGAUUUCUUUUUUUUAAAGAUUAAUCAUAUGUAAUUGCUAACUUAGCAACAUGACAUACAUUUAUUAGGGAAUCAAGACAAUUAUUAUAAGCAAAAAAAAAAAUGAAUUGUCAGGAUGUAAUAAUCUUAAUUGCUUGGGUUUCGUACAAAUUAAUACCCAAGUCUCUAAAUACAGUACUGAAGACCAAGUUGUUUUGCGUUUCAGCAUUAUUCGUGUAAUA